CAUAUUUGAGAUCAUUUGUUUAAGGUCAAUGUGUGAGAAAAUGUGGGCAUAUGGGUCAAAUUCCAUUAUAUGUUAGAAAGAGAAUAUAUAUAAAAGGAUCAACUCAUUAAUUCCCUUCACGCAUUGUACCAAUUACCAAGUAGUAGUAGUUUCAGCACAGAGAGUUCAUAGUACUGUUCUAGGAUUCUUUUCUACUAAAUUGGUGAUUCCUGUUUUGCAUGUUAUUUUCCAUCCCCACCAAUUAGUCUCCCUUUUUCUCUCACCAAAAAGAAACAAACAAAGGCCAACAGAGGAGAAAGAGAAAAAGUUAAGGGUAAAAAAGGAGGAAAAAAAAUAAAGGAAGAGAGGAAAAAAAAAAGUCCUCAAAGGCAAAAGAAAAGAAAGCUUGAUUUCAUUCAUUAAUCAAUGAGUGCAGGCUUUUCUCUCAUAAAGUCUGGAUAAUAGGCCAGAGAAUUUCACAAAUCCAGGGACUCUCUCUAAAGAACAUGAGUUUUAGGGAGUGCAAUAAUGUAGAAAACAAGAAUCUGUGUCUUCAAACCCCAACUUUUAUUGAGUGGCUCAAACCAUCAUCAUCUUCCUCUCUAACUAGUUUAAUUUCUUCAUCACCUCCUUCUUAUUCCUUGACUCAGCAUGAACAACUUGCCCAAGAAACCAUCCAGUUUUUGCCCUUCAAGGAAGAUCAGCAUAUAAGAGUGCAAAAGGAAGGUUUUGAAGUAAAGGAAGAGAAGAAGGUGGAACAGGUGACUGUGGCUUUGCACAUUGGAUUGCCUAACACAGGAGGCCAUGACCCUGAUGAUGAUAAUGAUCAUGAUGCUGAUGAUGAGAAGAAGGUUUUCCAUGUUAAGGAAGAAGAAGAACCCUUGAAGAAAGGCUUCCAGGGUAAUUGUUCUUUCAAUCAGGAGAGAAGAUUUUGGAUUCCAACUCCUGCACAGAUCCUUGUUGGACCGAUGCAGUUUGCUUGCUCCAUAUGCAGCAAGACCUUCAAUAGAUAUAACAAUAUGCAGAUGCAUAUGUGGGGGCACGGGUCCGAAUUUAGGAAAGGACCAGACUCACUUAAAGGAACACAACCAGCAGCAAUGCUAAGGCUACCAUGUUACUGUUGUGCCCAGGGUUGCAAGAACAACAUCAAUCAUCCAAGAGCAAAGCCCUUGAAGGACUUCAGAACCCUCCAAACCCACUACAAAAGAAAGCACGGUGCAAAACCAUUUAUGUGCCGAAAGUGUUCAAAAUCCUUUGCAGUUAAAGGGGAUUGGAGGACUCAUGAGAAGAACUGUGGAAAGUUGUGGUAUUGCACUUGUGGUUCAGAUUUUAAGCACAAAAGGUCCCUUAAAGAUCAUAUUAGAUCCUUUGGAAAAGGUCACUCUCCACAUCCUUCUCUUGAAGGCUUCGUCGAGGAUGAGAAGGAAUGUGUUACCGGUUCUGAUGAUGAAGAUGAUGUUGCUCAUACAUGAUCAUGAUAUGCAACAUAACACUCUCUCUCUCUCUCUCUCUCUCUCUCUCUCUCUCUCUCUCUAUAUAUAUAUAUAUAUAGCUUCCUUAAAGAGUAGUAGUACGUAACUAGUAAGUGUAGCAGAUGUCAGUGCAUGCAUGCGCUUGUGCUCAGUAACAAAAAAUUCUCGACAAUUAUUGAGGGAUGAAAAUAGGGAGCGGUUUGCUACCGAGCACUUGCAGGGUGUGAUAUGUGCUAGCAGGAAGAAAUAUGUGUGGACGAAUUUUCUUUGUGGUUUAUUAAUAUAUUAAUAUAGCACAUUAUGAUUA